GUAUUUUAGUUGUCUCGUUACAUGGGCAAAUGUAAAUCUCUCUUAUGAUAUUUAGUUGACUUAUUUUAUUUGUCGAUUGCUGCAAUGGUACUUGUAAAACCUUGCUUCUUGGUCAUGUUUUCGGAAAAUGUGUCUAUGGUUCCCGCUUUCUAGCUAUCAGAUGAACUUUACUGGUUGUAAACGAAAAAUCCUGAGCUAUGACCUACAGUCUGGGAGAGACCUCCAAAAAUCAUAAUAUUUAUCAGGUGGGAAACUAACACUUUUGGUCAUUCCUUCAAAUGAUCAAAGUACCGGGCUUUGUUAUUUCCCAGCUACUGGGACGAGGGACGUAUGGACAAGUAUACAUGGGAAGAAAGUCCGGUUCAAGUAAGCUAGUAGCAAUUAAAUGCAUUAUGAAGUUGAAACUAAGCAAUCAAGCCCGGGAUAAUUUAGUCAGUGAAAUUUCUAUUUUGAAAGCUCUUGAGCAUCCCCAUAUUGUUCGUAUGCUUGAUUUUACAUGGGAUGGAUCUUUUGUGUAUAUUAUAAUGGAGUUUUGUGGCGGAGGAGACCUUAGCAGAUUUUUGAGGUUGAAAAGAAGAUUAGAUGAACUGCUUGUGCAACGCUUUUUACAACAGUUAGCUUUAGCUCUUCAAUACUUAAAAAGUAAAAAUAUAGUCCACAUGGAUUUAAAACCUCAGAAUAUUUUGCUCACAUCAAUUAACAAUCCAAGCUUGAAGCUUGCCGACUUUGGAUUCGCCCAGUGUAUUAAAGAGACAGCUAAAAAGAAUGAAGUUCGUGGCACAUUAUUGUAUAUGGCACCUGAAAUAUUCUGCGAGGGUUUUUAUCAUCCUUCAUGUGAUCUAUGGUCUAUUGGUAUUAUUCUAUAUGAAUGCCUAUUCGGCACUACUCCCUACGGUCAAAUUACAAUUGAAAAAUUAAAAGAGAAAUUAGUGGCAAUGGAUGAAGAAAUUAAGUUACCUUCUACAAAUGAAAUAAGCAAACCAUGUGCUGCCUUAAUACAUGGUUUAUUAAAACGGAACCCUUCUGAACGAUUAAAUCAUGAACAAUUUUUUUCGCAUCCAUUCAUUGAUUUAGAUCAUGCACCAUCAGCACAAAGUCUGGAUAAAGCUGCCGAAUAUCUUAAACGUGCGCCUCAACUAGAAUCACUGGGGAAAUUAUGUGAAGCCUACGAUUGUUAUCUAGAAGGUUUAAAUCACCUAAUGGCUGCAUAUAAUUAUGAGCCGUCGCGCUUCAAGAAAUCGCAAAUACGAAACCUGAUGAAAGAUCAUUUACUAAAAACGGAAUCACUGAAAUUAGAAUUAUGUCUGCUUAGUCACACGGAUGUGACUUCAUCGUCGUCACCUCAAUUAGAGCCAAAAACUCUUAACAGUCAAGCAGUUAAUUUGCCUGAUCCUAUUGUUCCAGUGAAAUGUUAUGAUGUAUCACGACAGCCUAAAAAGAAUGCCGAUUCAUCAAAGAAAGGCCUAUUUCAUUAUCUACCAAAAGAAAAAGAUGAUCAUCAAUCAUCAUUGAAAAGCAAGUCAUCACCUACUUCUGAAACAUAUCAACCACAAGAUUUAGGUACAAGUGAUAAUUUUACAUAUUUUAGGGGAGACUGUUUGUCGACAGAUUCAGUCGAACAAAUUAAUGUUUGUUUAUCCUCAGAUAAAGCUGGAAUUCUUACUCGUAUUAAGCAUUGGUUUUCGCGACAGAAUGAUAAGACUGAAAAUCCUUAUGAAUACAGUGGAAAAGCUAAACCUGUGCCUACCGCUAUAUUGGUUGAGGUGGAUCAUUCGAAUUCUACACAGUUGCCAUUGGGAUCGCUUCACUCUCCUCCUGUCCUUCCUUCAUCUCCUAGUCCUUGUCCAAAUUCAACGAACACAAUUGAACAAGAAGAAUCUUUAGCUCUUAAUCAGUCUGUUAAUUCCUCUACAAUUGAACCGGCCAUUGAAUCAAGUGUGAAGACAACUUCUUUGGAUUCUUCAAAGUUCAGGGAUUCCUAUUUAGAAUCUGAACCAAAUGUCGAUUCAACUGAUAUGGUAGACGGUCUAACUGAGAAAUUUUAUCGUAGUCGACUUUUAGAACUGGGUACCUCCAGCAAUAUUGUGGUUGAAUUUUUGGACAAGUUUUAUAAACUUAUUUCUAAACAUCAUUUACAAGAAGCACUGAUUUACUUUCAAAAUGAAUUUUCAAAUUGUUUAAAAGAAGCUCAAAAUGAUUCCAAUUCCAAGAACCGGGGUAUUUUGUUUAAAGAAUUAAAUCUUGCCAUGGAUAAAGCCGAACAAAUCAAAGCCCAGUUAAAUUGUAACAGUACAAUGAUGAUUGGUGAAAAUGAAUCUUCUAGUUUUCAAAUUGGUGAAGAAGUACUCGACGAAAAUCCACAAGAAGAAGAUCAGUGCUUAGUAAUGUGAUAUAUAUGGAGAGAGAGAGGUCUAUCUAACCUAUUUUAUGUUGUUUGUUGAAAGCUUGAUAUCUUUCAAUUAAUCGUGAUAUUGUGUAUAUUUAUUAUUUGCAUAUUUUUCUUAUUUCUUUUUCUUAUGUGUAACUGGUAAUGUUAUAUGUAAUUGUUAAUUUCUAUCGUAUAAACACUUGUGGUGCUUAUACACCUCAUAUAUAGAUCAUAUUAUCUUUUUAUCGAAAAAUGUCUUUCAUACGAAUUUUUUUCUUUUAAUAUACUUUAACGGUAAAUAUAAACAAAUUGUUUUGUAGUUG